AUGUCGAAUUUAGAAGUUCAAGGCAAUCUUAUGCGUGUUCCACCACCGAAAGAACUAUCAAAGUCGAUGGAACGACGUCGUUCGUCGGAUGAAACGCUUAAAUCUGUGCCGCGACGUUCAGUUGUCGUUCCAGCUCCUCGAAAACCUGUGCCGAAAGCAACCGGAAAUAACAAGUCCGAUGAAACUGAUACAAUGAAAGCCAAAAUUAUCAAUCUCGAGGAGGAAAUUCGCCGUCUCAAACGACGUAUUGAAGAAUUAGAAAAAGAUAUUGUUGAUAUACAAAAACAGUCGAAAAGCAAAGAGAAACGUAUCGCAGACUUGACCAAAGAGAAUGACGAACUAAAAAAAAGCGAAUCAAACUACGAGAAACAAUUGGAGGAAUUUCGGGUGGGAAACAAUCGUUUAACCGUCGAAAACAUACGUUUACAGAAGGAAAUCGAUCGUAUUCAACAAUUACAGAAAUCAGCUGAGGAUUCCGCAGCUGAACUGAACGCAUUGAAAGAAUACUAUGAAAGACAAAUGCAACAAAUGAGAGACGAUCACCAGAAAGAGCUCAAAGCUCGAGAUGAAAAGAUCGCUUUUCUGAAAAAACAAAUCAGCGAAUCACUAAAAGACAAUUCUUGGGAACGACAACAACAAAUCGAAGAAUUAACGAAACAAUUAAAACGAACACAUGAUGAGUACGAAGUACUCCGACAUAAAUUACUUCAAUACCAGAAUAAAAAAGGGACAUCACAUUGCGGCAACUGUUCGGAUAUGCAGAUCAAAAUCGAAGAAAAAACCAAAGCAUUACAAGAAAAAGAUGUAGUUAUCAAAGAAUUGUUAACAUUGAUGACAAAAUUCAAAAGUCAACUGUCAAAUCAAGAUGAACUGGUGAAAUUAUUAUCAACAUAUAACAAUGCAUCAGUUCGACAUUGA